GACCCAAGCACUAGAGCGCGCCAGAUAAUUCGGAUAAAAAGAACGUUAUCGAUUCCGGUCACGCCUGCGCCGCUAUCACCGGUAUACGACUGUCCUGCUCGCGCUAUACAGUCGUAGUCGUGUGUUGUUGUCGAUACUUGUCGCAGCUGUUACCGACCCGUCUCGUUAUUAUUCCAAUGCGCAAUAGUGUGCCUUUAAAAAACCGCGUGUGCCGCCUUUGUCGAUUCGCCGUAAAAUCGGUGUGUAGCCGUGUCUUUUGUGCCGUCGCCACAAUUGUUGGUCCUUAGCGUUACGCGUAGAUAACGUCUUCGUGUGUUGUUGUGUCGCCGCCAUUAGCGUCCGUUACGCACACGCACGUUUGUUUGUGCUCGGCACCUUCCGCCGCCUUGUUGUUAUGUCACAGGCGCGGAUAGAUGCGCGUCGUUGAAAUUCGUGGCUCAGCUUAAAUCGUAAUUUUACCGGUUCGGUUAAUUUUUUAAUUCGACAUCACCGUGUACACUUGAUACCCACGUGUUUGGAUACGUCGUACUCAUUGUCCACCGUCGGUACGUCGCGUAGUGCAAGUAUACACCUCCGUAUGGGAACAAGUGCUCCGGUCAACUUCAACCAGGUCAGACGUAUCAUACCCAUACUGUUUAUUAUUUGAUAAUUGUUAUCAACGCUGAUACGCAGUUGUUUGUAUUAUUAAUUUCAUGAUUUAAUUUUUUAAUUAUUUGUAAUUUGUGUAGGACUAACAUAGUAAUAAGUUAUUCUCAUGUAUUCCAAUGAAUGAAAUCCUAUAUGUACAAUAAAUUUAUACAGUCCACUAUUCAGGAUAUUUUGUCGUUUCUUAUUAAUUUUAUACAUAUAUAUUAUUAAGACUCAAUCAGGUUUUAUUUACCAGCAAAUAGUUGAGAUACAACCGUGUUCAUUUGAAUCGGCUAUCAUGACUAACCAUUUGGUCCUUCGGGCCGGAUGCUUUGUGUAAUUUUAAUUAAUUAAUUUGUCCGUCUUAUCUUGCUUGCUCUUUAUUCCUUAAAAAUCGUGUAAUAUGGGAAGGCCUAAGCGUCAAGAUUUGGACAAUGCUGCUGAUAGUAAACGGUCGUUAGUUCGUGCUCGUGCAUCGCGGGAUGCAUCGUUGCGGUCAAUUAAAAAAAUAAAUACUAUAGCCGAAGAAGUUAAAUUAGAUGUUGAUCGUCGCGCAUUAUUUGAGGCUCACUAUUUGUCAUUGAAACGGUUCGUUGAUCAAUUUGAGUUAGAACAGCAAGCAGUAUUAAAUGCCCUUGUUGAUUUAGAUAAUGUAGUCGAGUUUGAAAAUGUUGAUGCUGUUGUCACUGAUACUAUGGAAGAGGUAUGUGCAAACAUUCAACUUAUUGCUACUGGCUUCCAUAGCACUUCUGUUAAUGUGACUGCAGAUAAUAAUGUUUCUACUGGUGCACGACAAACAGCACAGGCAAUUGUGUUACCAAAAAUUGAAUUGCCAAAAUUUGAUGGUAAUGUCCUGGGUUGGGUAUCGUUUCGUGACAUGUUUCAAUCACUAGUUCAUGACAACCCUGAUAUUUCUAAUAUUCAACGUUACCAUUUUUUAAUUUUAAGUCUGUCCGGUCCAGCACUUACAGUAGUGAAAGCGAUCCCUUUGACGGCUGAUAAUUAUAUCAUAGCUUGGAACGCAUUGAAACAGUCGUUUGAAAAUCAAAGACUAUUAGCUUCGGCACACAUUGACAAAUUGUUUUCAUUUGUGCCAUUGAAAAAAGAAUCAUUGUCGUCACUGUCGUCAUUUGUUCAUGUAUUCACUGAAAAUGUCUCUGCUAUUAAAGCACUUGGUGUCAAGGACCUAGCUGGUUUUAUUUUGUUUCAUAUUGGUGCUCGUGUAAUUGAUACAGAGACAAGGCGACUGUUCGAAGCAAGUAUUGAACAAAAUGCAGUCCCUAAUUUAGAUAUUUUAUUACAAUUUGUCGCACACAGAUGCAAAAUUUUAGAAAAUGUGGGAACGUCGGUUGGAACUAAUGACAAACCUGACAGCACUCUUAAAGGUAGUAGUAAGAAAAACAAAAGUGGCUCCCUUGGCAAAACUUCACUGUCAGUGUCUUCUACAUCCACAACAUCAAAAUGUUUAUUUUGUCAACACGAACAUCAGAUUUAUCGUUGCUUUGUAUUUAAACGCAAACCAGUUACAGUACGGCGCAAGUUUGUGAGCGAUCAUAAUUUGUGUUUUAUAUGCUUAAAAACGGGACAUAGUGUUGGUUCUUGUACUGCUUCUUUUACAUGUAAAAAAUGUGAAGGUCGUCAUAAUACACUGUUACAUAUAGAAAAUGUCGGUACAAAAAAUAACAGUGAGACGACACAGAAAGAGAAGUCAGAUGUUCAGUCCUCUACGUCCAAACCUGUUGAAAAUAACACUGUGUUCGCAGGUACGAUAGCGACACAAGCAACUGUAGUGUUAGGUACUGCGGUUGUUCGUAUACAAGAUGACACAGGUGUUACUCAUCAGGUUCGAAUUUUAUUAGAUAGUGGGUCACAGGUUUCGGCCAUUACUGCAGGUUGUGCCACCAGACUUGGUCUUAAACGCACCAGGAGUCAUGUAGAGGUAGUUGGCCUCUCUCAACAACCGGUGUCCAAGGUAAAAGGUGUUACUCAGUGCGCGUUUUUUCCGCUUCAGUCAGAUCAACCACUGUUUAAAGCAAAUAAUGUUAUAAUAUUGUCCCAAAUUACUGGAUUAAUGCCAAUGUGUUCACUCCCUGCUACGGUGCGCACGCGAUAUCAACACCUAGUACUAGCUGAUCCGGAAUUUGAUCAUCCUGGCACCGUGGACAUGUUAAUAGGAGGUGAUUUAUACCCGAUGAUUUUGCAGCCCAAAGCGGACAUCAUCCAUACGCCUGGAUUGCCGUCAGCAAUGCACACAAAUCUCGGUUGGAUAAUUGUUGGUUCACUCAGGGAUCCUACUUCAUUACCUCUGAUGUCGUUGACUAUUAGUGCAGUACCAGUCCUGAAUGAAACGUUGCAACGAUUUUGGACGGUUGAAGAGCCGACUGCCCCAGUACACUCGACCACCGAAGACGAACGAUGCGAGGAGUGGUUCUGUAAAACAGUGUCACGGGACACAUCAGGCAGAUUUUGCGUUGCUCUCCCUUUUCGGUCUACAAUAGAAGUUCAAGGUAAUCAAAAUCAGGACUUGAGUACGGCUAGUGGUCUUGGUUCUUCGCGUGCGAUGGCUCAAAACCGGUUGUUUAAUAUUGAACGUCGCCUAGCAAAGGAUCCUGAACUAUAUUCCGCGUAUCGUGACUUCAUGGAUGAAUAUCUGUCGCUCGGUCACAUGCGCCUAGCUGAGAAACCAGGGAAGUAUUUUAUCCCACAUCAUGCGGUUGUUAAACGGCAAAACGAAAAAUUAAAAAUUCGGGUAGUCUUUGAUGCGUCGGCCAAGUCAUCUUCUGGUUUAUCACUUAACGACUGCUUGGCAACUGGACCAAAAUUGCAGAGUGAUAUCACCGACAUAUUACUUCGUAGCCGUUUCCACAAGUUCUUGUUCAUCGCAGAUAUUGAGAAAAUGUACAGGCAGAUCCGAGUCAAUGAUGCAGAUUGUGCGUAUCAACAUAUACUUUGGCGAAAUUCGCCCACUGAAGAAGUCAAAGAGUACGAAUUAUGUACUAUCACUUAUGGUGUCAACGCAGCUCCGUUUUUGGCAAUCAGAUGUUUACACCAACUGGACUCGGAAAAUGGAUCUGAAUUUCCUUUGGCAGAAAAUUUGUUGGUUACAUCAACGUAUGUUGACGACAUUGUGGCAGGUGCUGGUACCGAAAAGGAAGCUCUGGAGCUUCAGGAUCAAGUCAUAUCCCUAUUACGCAAAGGUGGGUUCCAUUUACGAAAAUGGGCCAGUAAUUGUGAGGCAGUAUUAAAAGGUAUAGCUGCUGAAGACCGCGCAAUGGACCCAUCCUUUGAACUUAAAGAUGACCAAUCAGUAAAGGUAUUAGGUUUACAUUGGAUUACUACGUCGGAUGCCUUAGGCUACCACAUUAACAUCAACAAAGUCGAACCAACCAAGCGCACCAUACUUUCAACCAUCGCUCGUCUAUACGAUCCUGUUGGAGCGUUGGGCCCUGUGGUAUUCUGGGCCAAGUGCAUUAUGCAAGAAUUGUGGAUAGAGAAAUUAGAUUGGGAUGCUUCGCCUUCGUCCGACAUAAUCGAUAAAUGGCAUAAGUUCACAACUGAACUACCUGCGUUAUCUUCCUUCUCACUCUCUCGUUAUAUCAACGCAUGCUCAUCAAAGACCAUACAGUUAUUGGGUUUCGCGGAUGCUUCUCAAAAGGGAUACGCGGCGGUGGUCUAUAUGAGAGUCAUUGAUAUGCAGGAUGAGGUAACGGUGCAUUUUCUUACGGGUAAAACAAAAGUCGCCCCUCUUAAGGCAUCACAGACGGAUGAGUCACUGACAAUACCACGGCUAGAGUUGUGUGCCGCCUUGUUACUUGCGCGACUGCUGUCUCAUCAACUCUUCGUGCUUCGUGAUAUCGUAACGAUAGAUUGUGUUCGAGCAUGGAGUGAUUCUACCAUUGUCUUGGCUUGGCUUAAUGGGGACCAAAAGCAGUUUAAGAUAUUUGUUACUAAUCGAGUGGCGAAAAUUCGCUCUCUGCUGCCACACUGUGAAUGGUCUCAUGUACGAUCAUCGGAUAACCCUGCAGAUCCUGCAUCUCGAGGCAUGCUGCCAGAAGAACUUCUUACCAAUCGAUUACAUUUAAAUGGUCCAGAGUUUCUGCAAGAUCCCAAUUGUCAGUUUUCAAGUUUGAUGCCGAAUGAGUUUUCACCUGAGCAACUUCCAGAGAUAAAAACCUCAGUUAAAAAUGUUUUAUUUGUUCAGGACAGUAUCCAGCCUUCAGACAUGAUCAGUCAAUUUUCAACAUUAACAAAAAUGCAACGUGUGUUAGCGUACUGUUUUCGUUUCGCCCGUCGUCGAAAUAUUCCGAAGAGCAGUGGACCAAUCACUCGGAUGGAAUACGAACGUGCCAUGAACGCAGCUAUUUUAUGUACGCAAAUGACAUACUUGUCGGAUCUACAAAAACAGAUACAAAAUCAAGGUUCCAUAACUCCGACAACGAUAGCCCAGCUAGCUCCUUUCAUCGAUUCGAAUGGAAUCAUUCGAGUUGGCGGAAGAUUAAAACGGGCGCUAUUAGACGAAAAUGCAAAAUAUCCAAUUCUUUUGCCUCAAAAAACACAUCUAACAGAAUUAAUCAUUCGACAUUUUCAUCAUAUCUCGUUACAUGGAGGAUCAAGAUUGGUACUUUCGAUGAUCCAUCAAAAAUUUUGGAUUAUUUCUGGUCGAGCAGCUGUCCGUAAUAUUACAUAUUCUUGUAUUCCUUGCACAAAGUUUAGAAGUAUAAACCCGCGACCUUUCAUGGGGGAUCUGCCAGCUGCUAGAGUUGUAGCGAAUCGACCAUUCUUUAACGUUGGAAUGGAUUAUGGCGGACCUUUCAUGGUUCGUGAAAGUCGACGUCGCGGUGCACGUACGAAUAAAAUAUAUUUAGCUGUAUUUGUGUGCAUGUCAGUGAAGGCUGUGCAUUUGGAAGCCGUGUCAGAUAUAUCCACAGACGCGUUCCUCGCCGCAUUGGACAGAUUCGUUGCUCGACGUGGAAUUCCCGACAGCAUGUACACCGAUUGCGGGACAAAUUAUGUAGGUGCUGCAAAACAACUGAAGAAACUGUUUGAUGAAGCUUCCAAUCAGCAUAGCUUAUAUGGUCGUAUACCGUGCAAGUGGCACUUUAACCCACCGGGAGCCCCUCAUUUUGGUGGGAUAUGGGAGGCUGCCGUCAAAAGUGCAAAAACCCAUUUAAAAAAAGUGAUUGGUGCCCAAGUAUAUACUACCGAGGAAUUCACAACACUCAUCACGCGAAUCGAAGGCGUGUUAAACUCUCGGCCGAUUGUACCGCUGUCCAGUGAUCCAAAUGAUCUAAACGUGUUAACCCCAGGUCACUUUCUAAUUGGACAACCAUUGCUAGCACUUCCAGAAGAGGAUGUAGUGAACACUCCAACCAACCGUUUAGGUCGUUGGCAAUUACUCCGUCAAGCUCAACAAUCAUUUUGGCGUCGAUGGAGCCACGAAUAUCUGCAUACACUACAGGGGAGGCAAAAGUGGUUUAGGCAGACACCAAAUCUAAUGGUUGGCGAUCUUGUAGUUAUCAACACACCAUCACGACCACCCAUGUCCUGGCAGAUAGGUCGAAUCAUUGAGGUUCAUCCAGGGGAGGACAACAUUGUGCGUGUAGCGACCGUUAAAACCCAAGAAGGCACCCUCAAACGUCCUGUCAUCAAGUUGGUAAAACUUCCAGUUGAUCCAAGACCUUAAGAGGGCUCCCAUAUUACCGAUAUCCUUAACAUUUUUCCUUUGUAUAUACACAUUGUAAUUAUAAUUAUAAUUUUUUUUGUUUGUUUGUUUCUUAUAUGUACUAUGAUACAGUCUGACCGAGAAAUGUUUUUUCCUUUUGAAAGCAUGCUUUCAAAGGGGGGAGGAUGUUCAGACCCAAGCACUAGAGCGCGCCAGAUAAUUCGGAUAAAAAGAACGUUAUCGAUUCCGGUCACGCCUGCGCCGCUAUCACCGGUAUACGACUGUCCUGCUCGCGCUAUACAGUCGUAGUCGUGUGUUGUUGUCGAUACUUGUCGCAGCUGUUACCGACCCGUCUCGUUAUUAUUCCAAUGCGCAAUAGUGUGCCUUUAAAAAACCGCGUGUGCCGCCUUUGUCGAUUCGCCGUAAAAUCGGUGUGUAGCCGUGUCUUUUGUGCCGUCGCCACGAUUGUUGGUCCUUAGCGUUACGCGUAGAUAACGUCUUCGUGUGUUGUUGUGUCGCCGCCAUUAGCGUCCGUUACGCACACGCACGUUUGUUUGUGCUCGGCACCUUCCGCCGCCUUGUUGUUAUGUCACAGGCGCGGAUAGAUGCGCGUCGUUGAAAUUCGUGGCUCAGCUUAAAUCGUAAUUUUACCGGUUCGGUUAAUUUUUUAAUUCGACAUCACCGUGUACACUUGAUACCCACGUGUUUGGAUACGUCGUACUCAUUGUCCACCGUCGGUACGUCGCGUAGUGCAAGUAUACACCUCCGUAUGGGAACAAGUGCUCCGGUCAACUUCAACCAGGUCAGACGUAUCAUACCCAUACUGUUUAUUAUUUGAUAAUUGUUAUCAACGCUGAUACGCAGUUGUUUGUAUUAUUAAUUUCAUGAUUUAAUUUUUUAAUUAUUUGUAAUUUGUGUAGGACUAACAUAGUAAUAAGUUAUUCUCAUGUAUUCCAAUGAAUGAAAUCCUAUAUGUACAAUAAAUUUAUACAGUCCACUAUUCAGGAUAUUUUGUCGUUUCUUAUUAAUUUUAUACAUAUAUAUUAUUAAGACUCAAUCAGGUUUUAUUUACCAGCAAAUAGUUGAGAUACAACCGUGUUCAUUUGAAUCGGCUAUCAUGACUAACCACUAGCUGAAACAUUAUACCCAGUGCAAACAAUGUCUCCGAACUCAUACUAUUCUUAUUUUCCUCGUCUUAUGUAAGAAUAUUAAUAAUUUCACGUCCAAUGACCGUAUCCCAUAAAUACCACAGACAGAUUAUAAAACUUAGUUUAUUUACAAUAGUGAAUAACUAAAUAAGUCAUAGUAAGUAAUUAAAUUCACAAAAUAUAAUCAUAACACGAGAACGUGACUGUUUCUUGAUUUUUGUAUUUGUAAAUGUCCAUCUGUGUAUAGGUAAAAAAAUCACCAACUGAACAUUAUUUAAUACUUACAUAAAAGGUACUUAGAACAAGAUCAUUAUUUAGUACUUAUUAUCCAGAUCAAAUAUUUCCUGAAUGACAAAUUAUGUUGUUUAUUCUUUUCGUGAAGAAAGUAUAGAAUCGUGUUCCAAUCAUGGUUUUUUUUCUAUAAAUGUCAAUGAAAUUUACCUAAUUAACGUUAUCAUGGCUUUUUUAUCGUGCCUUCUACUUUUUUUUAAGUAGUCAAUACGUUUGUGUUAUUGUUCAUAUUAGUCAUCCACAACAAUACCUUUUUACUGUAGUGCGUUUUUUGUUAUGUUCAUCGUAGAAUGGCAAUAAAUUGCUAAGAAAAUUGCACCUGAACCAAUAAAUAGUAUCAAAUAAAACACGUUGAAGACGCCAUAGGCAUUUUAAACAGAUGUAUAAUCGUGGCCUAAGAUAAUAUGGCAAGCAAAUACCAGUUUUCGACAAAAUCAGCUUUAAUUUUUUUAUGCGACCGUACAACGAAUUGCCAUUGAUGACGUAUAGAAACCGUUAUGAUAUUGCUAGUUGUUUUACUAAUUUAUUAAUCAAAACUGGCGUACCGUAGAACGCUCUGAAUAGAUUCACGGAAUAUUAAGCUGGUUAAACUAAAUCUGAAUAUUUUAAAUAUUGCAUUAUAAAUCAGAAAAUCGUAGAAUUUUUAAAGAAUCUAUGAUUAAUAACAAACGAUUUUUAAAAGAAGGUGGACAUAUGGGUACCGCUCACUGAACACAGUAAAAAAUAAGGUACUGUCGUGGGUUACUCGUAGAGUAUAGUCUCACGGACAACCCCGGCGGGAUGGCUAUAAUACAAUAUAAUCGACCGUGUUCUGACUGACUCGCUGACUGAUCAACGUAGAUCCUCGAGAUGAUAGCUCGAGGCUUGAAAUUUCAAAGAUACCCUCGUACCACCAUGUAAAUGUAAACUAAGAAAGCAUUUUCUGAAAUUCGCGUUUGGAGGUGGUGAACAAGUAUUUUGAGAUUCUAGAUGACCGAUGAAAAUGUUUGAGUUUUGAACACUAAUACACUGAAUAUUAAAAAACGAAUUUAACAAAGUUUGAAUCAUACAGAGUUGACAUUUUUAACGUACAACGAAAUGCAUUGUCGAUAUGCGAUAGGUUAUAUAUUAUUAUGUCAGUUUUAUCCAAAAAUAUUAUAAAGAACAUUAAUAUGUGGCCAAGACUUGAUAGCUUUUCUCUUGUUUUUCAAAUGGUUUUCUGGACUUCCGCGUCACUUAAUACUUUGAUGAUAAACCCAUCUCUAGCUUUAUAUUUCAUACUUUCAUUGUUUCCAUUGAGUUGUAGACUUCCAGACAAACUUUGUUAGCAGUUUGAAUAUAUGUAUAAACUAUCUGAUCCCGCGCGCUUUGUUGCCUUCACAAAAUUACAAUUAUUAAAAACCUCGAUCAUUUGAAAUUAGAGGGGCCUAAUUGGGCAUAAGGAGUAAAAAAGGUGUUAACUACAAAUUAAAAAAAAUUCAUUGUCUUAAAUUUUAUUUAUGAACAUCAAUAAUAAUCGUGUCAAACACAUUUUCAAAUUAUAGUUGAAUAAUAAUAUAAAUGUAUAUUUAUUAUAAAAUUAGUCACUUCUCUUCAUCUACAUAUAUAUAAUUAUUUUCUUUUAUAUCUGUUUGAUUAAUUUAUUCACCAAUUAGAAAAAUGUUAUAUUGAUAUUAUUUUAUUCUUUUUUCUAAUAAGAACAUAAUGUGUGAUGGGGGAUGAUGAUAAGAAACUGAUUACAAGGUUCCUUAUAAAUUGUUCUAAUAGCUAAUAAUAAAUAUUAAAUAUCUAUUGGUGCAAUUUUUUUUAAGUACCUAUUUAUAGUUCUAAUUUUUACAAAAUUUCUCAAAAUCUUGAAAAUAUUCAAUUAUUUUGUAGUUAUGAAUUAUAAAAUAUUCGAUUCCUAUACCUAAGAAUUUAAAAUGUAUAACAAGGAAUAAUUAUUUCAUACAGUAACCAAAAUCUAACUAAAAAUCUUAUAUAAACACAGUUAUUUUUUACAGACAUUUUAAGUUCAAAGUCAGACAAAUUGUUUUAUUGAAACCAAUAGAAUAACAAGGAAAAAUCAACUAAUCAGAAGUGGAGAACUACUACAUUGGCCUGAGGUGAAGGAGAGUCGCAAACUGAAUAAACUAACACAACUGUUAUGAUACCUAUCUAUUUUGUUGUAUUAUUUUCUAGAAUUGUUUAUGAAUAAUAUUGAAUAUACACAAAUUAUGUUUGCUUAGUAACCCUUUAAAUAUCAAAACUAUAAUCCAUUUUAUAUUAUUCUUAUUUUCAACGCUGUGAAUAUUAUUAAUUUAUUGUACCUACAAACAUGGUGAAAAAAAAUAAUAUGUUAGCUAUAUUACUUGUGUUAAAUGUUAUUAGUUGUAUAUACGCUAAUAGUGGGAGAUGUCUAGAUGAAAUGAAGAACGAAGAACUCGUGGAUGAUGGCCCAAACGGGUUUACCACGCGUGCUGAUUGCAAUGUCAAAGUUCAAAAUAUCUUGAAUAGUGGUAAUUACAUCAGCCGGUAUGGUAAAAUAUGUGCGCAGUUAUAUAGGUCAUUGUCGAAGAUUCGGUUUCAUAUCGCCAAUUGAUUUUUGUACUAGAGAAAUUGCAAACACAAUAUGAUUUAAAAUUGAAUAUAUUUUUUUAUUGUAUACAAUAUACAUAUUAUAAAUUAUAAUAAAUAAGUACAAUUAUUAA